AUGUUCAAUUUUUUGAUUGCUAUUGCUGCAUCUUCAAUUCUCCCAGUCAUCCUCAUUCCUGGCAGUUUCUGGCAGAUGUUGGAAAGGCUCAAACGUUUUCGUCGCACGUCGCAAAAACUUGUUUCUCUCUCCUCUCUUUGGGGCGGCGGCGACGAUCUGCCCGGCGUCGCCGACCUGGGCGUCGCCUCUACCUCCGACGGCUUCGACGUGGACGACGAAACCGUCAAGUGCGGCCUGGGGCCCUGCGUGCCCGGCUGGCUGCAGGUGUUCGCCUCCAAGCAGGCCUUCCUAGUGACUUUCUGCAUCGCGUGGGUGUUACAGGGUAUGUACUACACGUAUUUCGUGAGCGUGAUAACGACGAUCGAAAAGUUGUUCCAAAUCCAGUCGAAAACCACGGGCAUCAUCAUGAGCGCGACGGAGAUCGGCCAGAUCGGUUCGUCGCUGCUCCUCACGUACUACGGCGGCCAGGGCCACCGGCCCAAGUGGAUCGCCUGGGGCAUGGUGCUGUUCUCUGUGUCGUCCUUCACGUGCGCCGUGCCGCACUUCAUGUUCGGUCGGCAGCUCAUCGAAGCGAACGACCUCCUGUACAGAGGCAACGCCUCCGAGCUCAUGGACCUCGUGUGCCGCAGCGACGACUCGCCGCUGCCCAACGCCACCUGCGAAGCCUACUCCGACGACCGCCGCCUGCACAGCAAGCACACCACCAUCGUGCUCGCCAUCUUCUUCAUCAGCCUGCUGGGCGUGGGCAUGGGCCAGACGGCCGUCUACACCUUGGGGAUCCCGUACAUCGAUGACAACGUGGCUAGUCGCGAGUCGCCGCUCUACUUCGGUGAGUACCCUCCCUGCAUUUGA